AAGCAAGUCAUGGCAUAACUCGGAAUGGCUGAGAGAACUGAUUUGAGCAUCACCAACUUUCCUGCACUAGAUAGGUGUCUUGACGACCAACUGUUUGCCCGUUGUCGUAUCCGAUCGACUAUGCUUGUGAACAAGUCCUUUUUCUUGCGUCCGAAGUGUUCUGGCAGACCUAGAUAUUUUUCUAUUCCACCUUCUUUUUCGAUCCCGAGGUAUGAUUGGACACGUAGCCGUGUCUCCUACGGGGUUUUCGAAGAGAAGGAUAUUGAGGAUUUAGUCGGGUUUAUCAUCUGUCCAGAAACGGUCUCAUACAAGCCUAGUAUAUCCUUUAGCGCUGCACAGCUCUUCAUGUCCGUCUUAAGGAAAAACAUCGUAUCAUCCGCAAAGAGGAGAUGAUUGAUGCAUGGAGCUGCUCUGGCCAAUCUUAGACCCACCAUAUGUCCGCUAAUAUGAGCUUUACGGCAUAGUCCGGAGAGAACUUCCCGACAUAAGAUGAAAAUGUAAGGGGAUAAGGGGUCACCCUGUCGGAUACCACGGGAAGGAGUGACUCUGCCAUGGAUUGUGUCAUCUAUAAGAAAUGAGUAGGAGACCGUCGAGAUGCAGCUCAUGAUCCAGUCUACCCAUGUCUCGUUAAAUCCAAGCUGUUCGAAUACCAUUCGGAUAAACUUCCAUUCGAGGCGGUCGUAGGCUUUGCUCAUGUCCGUUUUGACUGCCAUUGAACAAUUAACCUUUGCUUCCGACGUUUUCAGAUAGUGAAGAAGCUCGUGUGUAAUCAAGACAUUGUCGGAGAUUGCUCGUCCUUUGAUAAAGGCUGAUUGUGUCUCGCCAAUAAGGCUUUGAAGUACUGGUUUCAGCCGGAGUGAAAGGAUCAUCGAGAUUAUCUUGUACGUCACAUUGCAUAAUGCAAUCGGCCUGUAAUCAGAGACCAGUUUAGCGCCUGUGAUUUUGGGGAUGAGUCGAACAUAGGUCUAGUUGGUCGAAUCCCUCAUGGUUCCUGAGCUGGAGAAAUCUUGGAUUUCCUUACAUAUCCCAGGUCCGAUCAUGUCCCAAUUUGACUGGAAAAAACAUGCUGAGAAGCCAUCCGGUCCGGGUGCUUUGUCCGGGUGAAUCGAAAAGAGAGCGGUGCGUAUUUCAGCAGUGGAUGGUAUCGUGAUCAACUCUUCAUUCAUCUAGAGGGUGAUGGUGGGGAAGAUUGCUUUAUUGAUAAUGGCAGAGACUUCUUCCCCACUUGAAGUUUGGUUCCCUGCUGUGAAUAAGUGAUCGUAAUACUCUGCAAUUUUCGCUGCUAUAUGCUCCUGCUCGAAAACAGCAUUGCCGAAUGUGUCUUCAAUCACCGAGAUUCGAUUACGAGCCUUUUUACCUUUGCUACGGCAUGGAAGAAGCCUGAGUUCUUGUCUCCAGAGGCAAGCCACAAUAUCCUACUUCUUUGCCGCCAAAACUCUUCUUCACUUUUAUAAGCUGCUAAGAGUUCCCUGUUCAGUUUCGCAAUCAAAGCUUUUUACCAUCGAGAGAUCUAUUUACCAUUGGAGUACUCAAAGGAGUCACUUUAUUCAUACAAAAGCGUUUCAAUAACCUUUUUGUAUAGUUUGAUUGAUGCACAAAUAUUCUUUCUCGGAAAUGCUCUAUCUGGAGUCCAAGACAAAACUUUGUCUUACCGAGAUCUUUUAAUUCGAACUCUUCUUUCAUAUGAGUCCGAGCAUCAUCAACCUCCUUUUGAGUUUCAAUUAUGUUCAGGUCAUCUACAUAUACAUCAAUGAUCACAAAGCCAGAUGACGAUUUCUUUAUAAAAACGCAUGAACAUAUCGAAUUAUUCACAUAUCCCUUUUUCAAGAUAUAUUCACUUAAGCGAUUGUACCACAUGCAUCCGAAUUGCUAUAAUCCGUAAAGUGAUCGCUGUAACUUGACCGAACAAAUCUUCCUGGAUUUUUCUUUCAAUGCCCCUGGCAUUUUUAAUCCCUCAGGGAGUUUCAUAUAUAUAUAUCGUUAUCCAACGAUCCAUACAAAUAUGCAGUCACAACGUCCAUGAGAUGCAUCUCAAGAUUUUUAGACGCCGUUAGGCUCAUCAAAAAUCUAAACAUAAUUGCAUCCAUUACCGGGGAAUACUUUUACUCAAAAUCAAUUCCCGGUUUCUGAAAAAAAUCUUGGGCAACUAAUAAGGCUUUAUAUCGUGUUACUUUUCUCACGAAUACCCACUUAUACCCGGCAAGAUUUAUAUUCUCAGGCAUUAUGACUAUAGGUCCAAAGACAUUCCUUUUAUUUAGGGAGAAUAAUUCAAUUCAAAUGGCCUUCUACCACUCCUCUCAAUCAUCUCUUUUAACAUUCCUAAAUAGACCUUGGAUCAGGAUCAUCAUUUUUAUGAUCGAUCUCUUUGGACACAGAAAAGGAGAACAUUUCAUCAACAUCUUUUAUCUUAUAACUUUUCAUCAAGGGUGUAGUUGAUGGAAAUCUCAUAUUUUUCUUUUCCCUUUACUUCAUCUGGAUCAUCUUUAUUUGGUUCAUCUUGAACCUUUUCAUCUAUGCCUUCUUUCAGACAUUUUUCAGUAUCAGGUUCUUCUGGAACCCUUCCACUAUGCCUUCUUUCAGACAUCUUUCAAUAUCAGGUUCUUUUGGAACCUUUCCACUUAUGCCUUCUUUCAGACAUCUUAUAAUAUCAGGUUCUUCUCGAACCUUUCUGUUUUGCUCAACAAUUUUUUUUUUCUUUCGGGGAUUUUUAUCUUUAGAACCCGCUAGUCUCCCCCUCUUUAACUGAACCCUAGGUUCAUUCAUUUUGUUACCAUCAGUUUGUUCUUUAGGAACAUCAACUUUGGAUGAAACAUUUUCAGCGGGUAGAUCAUGUCAUAUCUGUGAACACACUUAGUAACUGGUUUGUCAAAUUAUGCAAAUGCAUAAUUUCCUGAAUUUUUAGCCCUCUUUGAUUCGUAGGGGACCAAAGUGUAACAACAACUGUGUACACUAUGUAAUCUCUGUAGGAAUUUCUCAAAUUCCUCCCCCCAACGCUGGAAAUUUAUCCUCAUUAAAAUGGCAAUCGGCAAAUCGUGCCGUAAACAUAUCACCAGUUACCGGUUUAAGAUACCUUAUAUACGGCUUGUUUUAACUCUUUCAGAGUUCGAUACAUUCACGAGAGCAUCUUUAACUCUCCAGGGACUACUAAAUAUCAAGAUGCAACUCAAGUCAUUUUUGUCCUGUCAGACAUUUCAAUAUAUUAUAUCUAUUUAAAAUUUUCUCCAGUGACCUCGGAGCAAGCCGUUUUUCAUACCUCAAGGUCAUCUUUCAUUUCAUUCUCUGGAGAACUAUACCUUGGACUUUUGGUCCAAAAAUCUCUCGUUUUUCUAACGAGCUUUAUAUCAAAUUGAUGGCCAAUCAAUUCACUCUACCCUCAUACAUAGAGGUAGAUUCAUAAUCCUUAUUUAUAUAGCGCUUUUUUUAUUUUAUUGUCGAUAAUCUAUUUUUUCUUUGGUUCCACCUUUUUUACCCGUACUGAUAUGGUUAAUUGAGAUCUCUUUAUCAUCAUUGAUGAUUUACCCAGGUACCUGACUGUAAUAUUAACCAUAUCAACGAUCUCAUCAUGAGAUUCAUCCUCUAUUCAUAUUUUUGCUCCUUUUCGAGGACUCUUUGGAACCAAAGUGGUCUAUCACGUCUCCAGCGUGAUAUAGACUAAUAUAUCGUCCUUUUAGGACACAUUUUCUUAUUGGAGCAUUUUCAGCUGGAAUAUGAGAUAUCAUUAUUUCAUCAAAAUGUCUGGCAUGUAUUUUGUAAAUGGAUUAUUCUACUUAUCAUUGUAAUCCAUUUCACAUAUCUCAUUCCAUCAGCUUAUCAUAUGCUUCUAGCAAACUUUAUCCAUAUACUUUAUCCCUCUGGAUUGUAUAUAUCUUUAUUAACACCCGAUCAUGGGGAUCAUCUUAAUUGAAUUUACUUUAUCAAGUUCUUUUUCAAGUGCAAACAUAAUUUUUCAAUGUUACACUCACUAGGAUUCUUUAAUUUUCCCCCUUGAGAUGAUGACACUCCAUGUCUAAAAUCUCGUACUGAAUCCCACUCUAGAACCAAUAACAUAUUCAGUUUUCCCAUUUUAGGAUGAAUUAUGUUUCAAAUCCUUUAGAGUGAGAUCUUAAUUUGGGUUGCUUAAAGAAAUCACAUAUAAUGAACUUGUUUGAUGAUUCAUCACCCAUGAUGGUUUCCUUUAUUUUCUUGACAUGCUAUAUGUGAAAAACUUUUGGUUUUUCAACAUUUCACAAUAAUGUCGAUAACAUUAUUGGAGAUGACUAUAUAUCAGUAAACUCCAGGUUUACCACUCAUUUAUAAUUUUGCCAUUUUUUCUUAUGCAUGUCUUUUCAUAAGCUCCUCUAGAGCCAAUAGUAAUUUUUAUAUUACUAGAUACUAUACUUAUUUAUUUUUAGAGAAAAGAAAUAUUUGUUACCUUUAGUAGUCAUGUACGAUGACUCAAUAUCUGCCAGGUUUAUCUAUCUCCAUCAUGAAUCUCAAAAUCUUAUUGAGGAAAAUAAUUCUCAUGUCACAUCGAUAUUUUAUUUUUAUUUUCUGGACCAACCAGAAAAUCUGAAUCAUCGAGAUGAGUAUUCAAGCUAUGAAAGAUGGUUCGGGCUCAUAAGAUACGAAGUUUAAUAUACUUCCUUUCUCUUUUUCUUUUUGAUUCUAAAUAUAGAUCGGCUAAAUAUUUGGCGUACGACAACUACGUACCAAAUUUUCUUUCUGGCCGUAUCUAUAGCAAACCUGUUAUGUUGGCCUUUUGUUACCCAACCACUUUCAUUUUGUGGAAGUUCUCAUUAUUCUCACAGGGACGGAAUCUUCUUCCUCGUCUUCUUUCACGACCACGAUAGGGGGUUUCAACCGCAUCUACACCUUCGUCCUUUUCUAGUAGGACCGACUUGAUGGUUUAGUAUCAUGAUUUCAUUUUUUUUUCAGUUUUCAAGGAGGAUUUACAUCAACUCCAACUAUUUAUUGAAUCAUUUCUUUCAAGGAUUUAAUUAUUCAAAGAUCUUCCAAAUCUUUUUUUCAUGAUACGCCUCAUCUUAUAAACCAUCAUUGAAGUGGUGUGAAUUAUCAUGGCUUUAUUCUUUUCUCAUCCGAUAUCGUUUCAACUUAUCGAUGAUUUCUCAAAGCUCAUUUUCUCUCAGGUGCAUCUUUGCACCCACUGCCCAAGUCUUAUAAUUAUUUCUCGUAAUAACAAGGGCAUUAAUUUUGAGCUUUGUCAAAUUUGACAUGAUAACCGUAUUCAUAGAAUAAUAAUAUAUUGAAGACGAAAAUUUAAAUGCAUAAAUUAAAAGCAUAAAAUAAAUGCAUAAAUUAAAUUGCAGAAAUUUAAAGAGCAAUAAAUAAAAUUGGAGGUUUAGCCUACCACAUGAUCCGAGGAGUCUUAGACUACCAUAUUGAUCAUUUUUCAAAGUCCGAGGAGACAUGGUCUACCAUUUUGACUUUUACUUAUUUCAAGGUCUGAGGAGACUUAGUCUACCAUUUAUGACAUUUUCUUUUUUAUUUACGGAGGCAAAGCCUUCCACGUAACCCUUUUUUUUUCAAUUCACGGAGGCAAAACUUGCCACGUGUUUCUCUGAUCGUGAAGGUAUAGCCUACCAUAACGAUCAGUCGGGAAAGGCAGCGCCUAUCAUCCCAAACGGAGAAGGUCCAGCCUCUCACUCCAAAACAAUAAUAAAAUUUAAAUAAAUUAAAUAUAUUGAAAUACAUAAAUUUAAAUAUUACUUUGACUGGUUUAAGAACUUUCGGAUUGAUAAACCUUAGUUGGUUAGAGAUUCGUGCUGAUAACGUGUUGUGAAAUAGAAAGUGAAGUAGUAUUUUAUUGUAUUUAAUAGAUAGCUUUAUAAUUAUAAUAAAGACAACAUAUAUAUGGGAGAUGGUGGAACGUGAGAGAGAGAGAGUGGAAUUGUGUUUCUUGAUUAUUAUUGUUUACGUUCAUAAUCGAAAGUACAAAGGGAAGAUGAGGUAUUUAUACUACACAAAAAUCAAGAUACGUAUUUUCUCAUUUCUUAGUGAAAUGACAUAUGUACAAGUGACAAGAAUAACUGACUUUCCAAGUGUUGAAAGCUGGAUAAUCAUUAUCUCCAUCAGGUGUCACUUAUUGUAUAAAUUAAAUCAACCCUGGCCAUUGGAUUGUAUAAAUUAAAUCAAUCCUCACCAUUAGAUAUAAUAGUUGUAUAGUGGGAAAACAAUACUAACUUCAGUUUUAUGAAAAUAUACAACUCUUAUAAUGAGAAGAUAACUCUUAAAACUAAUAAAUACAUUGGUUAAGAUACUAUAACUACUUUUUAAAAAAGUUCUAAUAUAUAGUUGCAUGUUGAAAAAAUGUAGGAAUACACUUAUUGAAUUAUUUUAACUACUUCUAAAAAGUUUUUCAAUAGUUGCAUGUUGGGAAAAAAAAAUUAAUCUCAAUUUUGUACAAAUAUUGUACAAAUAUACUUAUUUAGAUAUUAUAACUACUUUAUAAAAAUUAUAAUAAUUACAUGUUGGAAAAACAAAACUAAUCAAUAUUUUUUUGAAAUUACAAAACUCAUUAAUAAUAAUCUUAAUUAAUGUCCAAAGAUGCAAUUUUUCAUUUUAACAUUGUGUCUUUUGGUUUUAAGAGUUGUAUUGUUUUUGUUUAAGUUGUCAAAAUGUAGAAAUAUGUAUUUCUUCAUCUUAAUGAUGCGUUUCUUCAUCAUAAAAGUUGCAUUAAUUUAUUUUUAUUUGUCAAAAUGUCUACAAUGUAACUUUCACUCUAACAAUGUAUCUUUUCAUCUGAAGAGGUUGUAUUGGUUUAAAAUAAACUGUCAAAAUGUAUAGUAUGUAGGUUUUCAUAUUAAUAACUUUUUAUCCUAAAUUUGCAUAAGUUUUUAAUGAGUUAUCUUUAGAUUCAUUUUUAGAUAUAUUUAAUAUAUAUUUUAAAAUAUUAAAAUUGAUUACAAAUAUCAUGUAUUUUGAUUUUUGGUUAAUUUAGUUAUUUUAUAAUAUUACUAUUGGUUGGCCCGCCCUACGGGCGGAGAAGUUUACGCUAAAACUAUUGUACAUGAAAAUAUAUAUUAAUUUUGUAAAAAAAUUAAAAGUUUACUUUAAAAUAAAAUAGUAAAUAUAAUAUUUUUUUAAAAAAAUCAAAUUUUAUUUAUUAAUAUUUUUUCGUUUGAGAUGAAAAGACCUCUACCAUUUUUUGGUUAUAGAAUACAAAAUUAUGAAAUUAAAAAAUUAAGAAAAUCUAAUGAUUUAUAUUUUAUAUUUUAUUUCUAUUUCUCUUUGAUAUAGUUGAAGAAAAUCUAAAGUAAGAAUAACAUUUUUUAAAAGAAUUUCUAAUAGUAUAAUUAUAAUACUAUUAACAUUUAAUUAUUGUCUUCUGAUUAUAAAUUAAUCCACUUCCAAGCCAAAAUCAAUUGAAAAUAUAAUGUAAUAUAAUAAAAUUAUAAAAAGUUAUAUUUUAAUGUAAUAUAUAAAUAGUUUCAAUAAUUUCACAAAUAACAAUUAAUCUAUAUUAUUUAACAACAAAAUGAUGUUUUAAAACAAACCAAACCAGAACCAAAGUGGACCCAAAAUUUAUUAGUCAGUUUCUACUAUUGUUGUCCAACAGGAACAAAACAUUAAGAGACAAACUGAAAUUCAUAAAUAGUCAGUUUCAUUGUUCAUUGUCUAAACACAACAUGAAACACUUUGGUUGCCUCUAUACCAUUUGGUUUUCGGUUUGAUUCUGGUUUUUGUUGGUUUUCCGGUUCUAAAGAUAUAGGUUACCGUUCAGUUAUUUAUGAAUUUCACUUUCGCUAUUUUGGUUUUUGUUCCAGUUUGGAUAUCAAUAGUAGAAACUGAGUAAUAAAUUUUGGGUCCACUUUGGUUCUGGUUUGUUUUUUUUUUUGGAUAAUUCUAGAUAAAUCGGGAUACUGGAGAUCUUUGUAUUUUUCAGAUAAAAUAUCAGAUAAUUAAAAAAUAUUCUACAUUAAUUCUUUUGGGUUAUUCAGAUAUUUUAAUUACUUUGGAUAAAAAAUAUUUGAUUUUUUUCAGAAUAGUUCGAAAAGCAUUGGCAAAAUGGCUCACCCUUCCUCCCAAUCGUAUUCAUCGUUGUUGCUUUGAUUUUUGCGUUCGUUACUGCAUUCUCUGUAGAAAAAGCUGAAGCAAAAUCACUAUGGGAUAAAUGUCUUCUUAAAAUCAGUCCAAAAUGUGCAUUGGAUAUAAUUGGUGUUGUCUUUGAAAAUUAAACCAUCACUGAUGCAUGUUGUCAUGAUCUUGUUCAAGAAGGAAAAAUAUGUCACGAUGCUCUUAUCAAAUAUAUUGUUGAGAAGCCACACUUAGUUGCCCAGAAAACAAACUAUUUGAAGAAAAGUGAUGAUUUGUGGACUCAUUGUGUCUCAAUUUCGCAAACUGCUUAAAUAUAUGUUAUGAUUGUAUUGUUCUGAUUAACAAUAAUUGUAUUCAACUAUCGUUAAAUUUUCUUUGAUCAAAAAUCGUGGAUGAAACAAUAUACAAUAUAAACCGACUAUCAAGUGAAUCUCAUUCUAAGUGAAUCAAUACAAAUAUUAACUCAAUUGAUAAACAAUGCGCUAUCCAUACAAGAUUGUUAAACUUAUAACAUGACAUAUAUGAAUAAUUUCAAACAAUAUUGCUUAAUUAGUUUGAUUUAACGUAUCUUUAAUUUUUACAAACACUUAAAAUUAUCUUGAUCAUUUAAAACAAGAAGCUAAAAACAGCUAAUAUUUCACCUUGAAAUCUUAGAGUUUAAGUACAUGCUAAAAUAAUGACUUGGAAAAAAUAAUAUUUUGAAUACUCAUGUUCUCGACAAUUUUUUAAAUACGAUCAUUUAUAAAGAAAAUAAUGAGACUGGAUGUAAUCACGCAAAAUAACAAUAUCCUAUGACUAGUAAGUAGAUAAUAGUUAUGCCAAUGAUAUUAGGAUGGAGCGUAUAGAUUUGAGUUUUAGAUCGAUCACAAAAGUUUUCGAAAAAAAUUGUGCAUAUUUUUUAAUUUCAUUUUUUACAAUUUUUAGAUUUGGCUUCGAAAAAUUUAAUAGAUUACAACCAUUUAAUUUUGGCAAAUUAAAUGUUUAACUCAAAUAUUGUUUUUUCGUUAGUUCCAAUUUCAUUUCUAUGAAAUUAUAUCUAUUUAAUCUAUAAAUUAUUUUUGGUUCAGCUAUAGAAUUUUUUUAGUAGUAAAUUCUUACAAAAUAAGGAUAUGUGAUAUAGGACAAUCCAUACUCGAAUAAAUUCACAUUUUUAAACCUAAAUUUCUGUAAAAUGAUGGAGCCUAUUAGCAUUUACAGAAAGUUGAGAAUACGUAUAAACAACGGUUAAAUUCAAUUGGCAGGUUAUUUCAUAACAACAACAUAACUUAAAACAUUAAUAAUUUAGAAUUAUGCUAUUUUGAUAGUAUAUAGUUUAAACAAAUAAGUAUAUUUAUUUUUUCUAAAUUUUCUAAAUAUGUUAGAGAAAACUCAUAUUAACAGUCACAUUUUAUUUAACGUUAAACUGCAUUAAUUAAUUUCUUAUGUUCACUUGAAAAUACGUUUAGUUUGGGUUUGAGUGUUUAAUCUAUUAUAAAUAUGAGACAAAAAUUUCAUUCUAAAAUACCAGAUACAAACAUUUUAAUAUAUUAUAUUAAUAACAUUUGCCACUUAUUUCGAAAACAUUGGCACAAUGGCUCACACUUCUUCCCAAACUACAAUCGUAUUCGUUAUUGUUGCUUUGAUUUGUGCGUUCGUUCCUGCAUUCUCUGUUGAAGAAGCUGAAGCAAAAUUACUAUGGGAUACAUGUCUUCUUAAAAUCAGUCCAAAAUGUGCGUUGGAUAUAAUUGGUGUUGUCUUUGAAAAUUUAACCAUCACUGAUGCCUGUUGUCAUGAUCUUGUUCAAGAAGGAAAAAUGUGUCACGAUACUCUUAUCAAAUAUAUUGCUGAGAAGCCGCAUUUAGUUGCCCACGAAACAGAGUAUUUGAAGAAAAGUGAUGAUUUGUGGACUCAUUGUGUCUCAAUUUUGCAAACUGCUUAAAAAUUUGUUAUGCUUGUAUUGAUCUGAUUAACAUAAUUUUUAUUUAACUAUCGUUAAAUUUUAUUUGAUCAAAAAUUGUGGAUCAAACAGUAUGCAAUAUAAAGCGACCAUCAAGUGAA